AUGGUGGUGAUUUCUCGCUUUCGCUCUCUCUGGGGCAUUGAGCCCGGUCCGGACCAGGCGGAGUGGAAGAAGAAGUUCGUCGAGCUCAAGGCCCACGGCUAUGCGGGCAUUGAGAUUGAUUUUGCUGGCAUGACUCCCGAUCAGCUCCAGCUGCUACAGAACAACUGUGACGAGGUAGGGUUGGAAAUCAGCGUCCUCCUGUUCUCAUCGUGGCCACAAUACGUCGGGCCUCGCCCUCGAGGCUUAACCCCAGACCGGCAUGUCGACUUCUUUCGAGACCAACUUCGCUUGGCCAAAAUUCUGAAACCAACCCUGAUCAAUGCCCAAUCCGGAGCGGAUUACUGGACCUGGGACGAGUCCGUGUACUUCUACCAACGGGCCCUCCAGGUCGAACAGGAGGAAGGACUGCAAGGCAAAGUUUGCCAUGAAACGCACCGCAACCGAUCUCUCUUCAACCCAUACGCGGCGGACUACAUUCUGCAGAAAGUACCACAGUUACAAGUGACGGCCGACAUCUCCCACUGGGUGGUGGUGUGUGAGAGGCUCCUGGAUCAGGGCGAGGAGGAUCAGGAAAUUCUCACCCGCAUCAUUCCACAUGUCCGUCAUAUCCAUGCCCGCAUGGGAACCACGCAGUCGUCCCAGUGUCCCGAGCCGCUCCACCCGGCCUUUGCUGCCGAGCGACAAUUCUUCGAAAGCCUCUGGCUGCGGAUUGUGCAACAUCGACAGCAGACUGAGCCGGACUGCCGCCUUACGUGGGUUCCGGAAUACGGACCAUUCCCGUAUCACCCCAUCGGUACGGCUCAAACCCAUGGCGAACUGGCAGAUAGCGAGGGGAAACGACUCGACGCGCUUUUCCAGAAUGCUCUUACCCAGUAG